AUGAAGAAAGAUGGUCCAAAUAUAUCUAAAGUAGCUUCAGAUUUAAUUCUGGCUUAUAAAUAAUUGACUGGCUAAUAGAAUGAAAUAGUCAUAUCUCCCAGAUAUGAGAAAACUGCAUUAUAUUUUCCAUAAUCACGUAAAUUUUUAUAUUAAAACUCUAUAGCAAUAGAAGAAUAAAUAGAGGAAGAAAAUUAACUUGAUAGUCCAAGAAAAACAUAUACUGAGAAUGAAGAUGAUUAUUUGAAAGAAAUUAGUGAAUUAAGAUAAAUUGUAGAUUAAAGUAAAAUUUUUGAAUAAUAAAGUGAGAAUGAAAUACAUGAACAUACCCGAAAGAUAUUUAACAUAACCAUUAAAUUCAAAUAAUCAAAGUAAUUAGAAUUAUAAUACAAAUCCACUCAAAAAGAAAACUAAAAAACAUAUAGUAAUUACUAAAUACUAAACAGAUUUCCUUAGGCAAUAGUAUGGGAAAAUUUAAUGACUAGGUGUUGUUACUUUUUUUUAUUUCUUAUUUUUGUUACUUUAUAUAUCAUUUUUAUAAAAAAAUUAUUAUUAUGAGCUCUCUGUUAACAGAAUCAAUAGCAAGUGCAAUAUCUGGAAUCAUAGGAAAAUUUUUAUGUUAUCCUUUAGAUACAGUUAAAGCCCAGUUUUAUGUAAUUUUGUUAUAUUCAUUAAUAUCAGGUUGAAAGAAAGCCAAUUUAAAUGAAUUUAAGAGAUGUUCAAAAAACAUUCAAAAAUGUUUACUAAUAAGGAGGAAUAAAACAAUUUUAUAAAGGAGGCUUGAUUGCUAUAGUAAGAAUAACAUUAAUAAAGAUAGGAAGUGGACCUGCAUUUUCUUUAUAUUUGACUUCUUAUCAAUAUUUCAAGAGAGAAAUAGGUCAUAAAAUAGAAUCAAAACUUUUAUUACAUCUAUGUUGUGGAUUAUUGGCUGAAACUGUUAGUGGCGUUUUAUGGCUACCUAUUGAUGUAGUAAAAGAAAGAUUGCAGGUAUAAAAGAGAUUUGGACAUCAUAAUUACAGUGGAUCAAUUGAUGCAGUCUUAUAAAUUUUUAAAUAGGAGGGAAUAUUAGGCUUAUACAGAGGUUAUAUUAAUUUGUAAAUUAAUAGGGUUUGGAGCCACCUUAGGAUUUUUUGGCCCCUAUAGUGCUUUGUAUUUUGCCAGUUUUGAAUAUUUAAAGGGUAUUAAUAUGGUAAUGAAUUAAAGAGUAAACAAAUAAUCAUGCUCUACUGUCUUCUUUGGGAGCAUUCUUUUUUUCCUCUAUUUUGACAUAGCCUCUUUCAGUUAGUAAAAUGAGGAUAUAAAUUUAAUCUCGUAAGAUGUAGCAAAAUCAAACUGGGGAGGGUUUGUUUAAUUACAAGAAUUAAUUACAUGGAAUUUGGAGAAUAUUAAUAGAUGAAGGGAUUUAAGCAUUAUUUAGAGGCUAUGUUAUGAGAUGCUUGUAUGCUGGUUCUUUAACCACUUUUAAUAUGACAUGUGCAGAAUUAUUAAAAAACUAUGCAAAUAAUAAGAUUUGA